AUGACAGGAACAACUGACAGCAUGCCACGGUCAGCUACAUCGGGAAGAUUUUUAGUGAUGAUACUUCUUGUUGUUGUUGUUUGUUUGAUGACAACACAAUCGGCUAACUGUAAAAAAAUUGAUGUUUUUGAUGUUCUGGUAAAAUAUUUGAGGAAACCAGCAAGAAAAGCCAAAACAAUGAAUGCUGCAAAGGCCACAGACUCUUGUACUCUUCAAUGCUCAUCCGGUUCUACUGGACAACAUGAAUAUCAAAAAUGUGUAGACUUGUGUAAAGUUCAAAUUCCUACAAAGAAAAGAAGCUCUGGAAAUACAGAACUUUAUGAUACUUUGGCAAGCAAGAUUUUGAAAUUUAGCCAAUUCAAGAAAUUGAUCGAAGGACCAGAAAAUAAGACAAAAGAAGUGUCUGAAAAUUGCCAAAAGUGUUUGGAUGUUUGCAUCAAAGAUAAGAGAGGACCAGCUUGUUAUGGACAAUGUGGAUUGAAAUCUUAUUGUACAUUUGAGGAUAUCAGUAUUGCACCAAAUCUCUUAAAUUUUGUCAAUUAAGUUGAUAUGUUAUUAUGACAA